UUUUUCCCAACUUUAUGGUAUUAAAUCAUGGCAGCUCCAAUUGAUGUCCAAGUUUGCACAACAAUUCUUCCACCUUUUCAAUUAAUAAAAGGGAUCGAUCUCGGAUACAAUGAUGAUUAUGUUUUUGAUGUAACAGCUAACUCUCAAUACGCAAUUACUUCUGCUUCUGAUAAUUUUGUUCGACUUUACGAUCUUAGUACAUUGCAGUUAUCACAUACUAUUCCUGCACAUAAUGAACGAAUUUCCAAAAUGAAAUUGAAAAGCGAUCAAUAUCUAUUUACUGUCAGUGAGGAUUCUACUUUAAAACGUUGGGAUUUAAGAACAAAUAAUGCAGUACAAACAUUUAAAUAUAAUAAGCCCUUGACAGCUUUUGAUAUUAAUUGCAAUGACUCGAUGGCUAUUGUUGGCACAGAAUUUUCAACAAAUAGUCAAUCGGCCGAUCUUGUUUUUUAUGAUGCACGAAACACUUCUGUGCUUCAUGUGUUUAACGAAUCACAUGGUGAUGAUAUUACAGAAAUCCAAUGUCACCCUUUAUCACCUGCACAAUUUAUAUCAUGUUCAACUGAUGGUAUACUUAACAACUAUGAUGUCACGGAUUUCGAUGAAGAAGAAGCCAUGAUUUCAGCUAUCAAUUCAGGAUCUUCAGUAAAUAAAGCGGGAUAUUUUGGACCUAAUGCAGAAUAUUUAUAUUGUUUAACUCAUAUUGAAACUUUUUCACUUCAUACAUCAGAGGGUGAUGUUAUCUGUGAUUUUGGAGAUGUUAGAGGCAUAAAUGUUACAGAAGUCGAUUAUGCUAUUGACUGUAAUUAUGAUCCAAUUAAUCAACGUUUUUACUUAAUUACAGGAAACAACACUGGUACAGUUGAUUUUUUUCAUGUUAACAUUGGACAGCUUCAGCACUGUCAGCAGUUAAAAAUGAGUGGUGGACACACGGAUGUUGUGCGUUCAUUAUAUUGGAAUCAUCCAACCCAAAGUAUUCUAACAGGUGGUGAGGACGGUAGAUUAUGUGCCUGGCAGGGCCAAAUUUAAUUCUAUAUGUACAUUCCAGCAAUUAAAAAGACUUAGAAUAAUUCGGAAUAGGAUAUACAUGUUACUUUAAUUAAAGUAGAAAGGGUUGAAAUAAUUAUCAUAAUAUAUAUAGCAUCACUAACUUUAAAAAUACAUUGUAAGAUAUAUUGUAUAAAUAAAAUUAACUGUUUCAAUGAAAC